ACCUACCGUACCGUAGGUACUAUUCGCAACAUAGUUUUCCAAAUCAAAAUAAGAUACAAAUAGUUGUUUUGAAUUUACAUGUUGUUUUGUUGACAUUUGUGAAGUGUUAAUACGCGAUUACUGCAAAUCACCUGUUUGCGUUGCGUAUUAAAAAACUAAAAUUUAACGCCAUUAAAAUAAAACUUGUUUUUAUCUAUGUUUAAAUGAAAGAUUUUCGCUACCCAUUGUCGAAGAUAAAUGAUGGCAGCUAAAUUAGAAAAUCAUGAUGAUGAAUCUUUUAUAAUCCUCGGAACGUCACCGGGCUCUAGCUUGGACUUAAAAUGUAAUGGCAUUCACAAUGGCGAGAAUUCUUUAGAUAAUACACAAAUAGAGGAAGCAAUGAAAGAUCUACCAGCGGAGGCUAACAUGGCUUUCAAAGCACAUUUUAAGCUUGGAGAUUGUCCAUCACCGGCGAGCAUGAUGGUCGCGAGCACAAUGAUAACAGACGACAAGAGUACAGAGGAGUUGCAGAAACGGUUCGGCGAGCUCUUAGAUGAGAACUUGAUACUGAAGGAAACUUUAAAGCAGAAUAAUGAUUCGAUGAAGGAACAGUUCCUGCUGAUCGCCUCCUGUCAGGAGGACAUGAUGAAGACCCAUAUGCUGCACAAGGAGAAGUUCGAAGAGACCAAGGAACUGGUCGAGAGACUCCGUCAAGAGAACAAGAAGUUGAAGUUCGACAUCCAGCAUUUGGACGACAGCAGGGCUAGGGUCGCGGAGGGUCCGCCGGCGCGGUCCGGGCCGCCGUCCGCCGUGGAGUUCGUGUCCGCGCCCGACGACGACACCAUGAACAAGCUCACGGCCCAGCUGGCGCUCGUCGAGAAGCAACGGCGACAGGUUAUAGUUGAGAAUGAGAAACUGACCUGGCAGAAGGAGUCCCUGGAGCAUAUAGUUGACGCAACGUCCAAGGAGAGAGACGACUUGAAGGAGAAACUGAAACGGGUCGAGCUUCAAAUGUUGAGCCGGGAGACUGAGCACGCGCUUGAAACCGAGAAACUAAGCUUCACGAUCAAGCAGCUCAAGGACCAGCUGCAAGCGGUCAGCGGAGACACGAGCGUGUCGUUGGAGGAAGUGAAGCGACGUGACGUCACGAUACAGCAGCUGCAGAACAAGAUAGCGAUGUUGCAGAGCGAGCUCAAGACCGCGCAGCUGAAGAUUUUGGAUCUGGAAAACGUGAAGCUGCAGUUCAGCAAGCACAAGUCCGUCGCGAACGAAACCGUUAAAGUGUACAAGGAUCAGAUACAGGACCUGCAGAAUAAACUCAAGGAGGCAUCGACCAUUGUGUUCCAGCCCGCUCGGAUAUCGUGCGGCGCGGCGGAGUCUGACCAGUCCAACGUCAACGCGAACGUGAAGCUGUACGACAGAACCUUGAAGCAUCUAGCUGAGCUGCUCAACGUGCUAAUAUACGGGCUCUCCGACAGCCUGGCGGAGACGGUGGGGCUGCUGGGCAGUCUGUGCGACCUGGAGCUGGGCCGGGGCUCGGCGGGGCAGCUGCGCGCCGGGCUCGCCGAGCUCAAGCAGCAGCUGGAGAAGCAGCACAGCGCCGUGCUCAGCAACAUCGGUCAAGUAAGGGGGACGUUGUCGAUAUUCGAAGGGAUAUUCAAAGAUUGUAGUAACAUCCUCGACAGCAAGGCCAAGGAAGCGAAGAAUCCCGGAACUCCCAACAUUGAGAUGCUGACCUCGGCGCUUGUGGCCCGGGGACAGGAGCUGCAGAUGCUGAAAGUUGAGAUCGAUAAGCUGAAGGAGGAGAAAGAGGACACGGAGCUUUUGAAAGCACAACUCGAGUUAUACAAGAGCGACUUCGAAGCGGAACGAGAGUCUCGUCAAGAGAUGGCCAGCGAAAAGGAGACCGUGCUCACGGACCUCAGGAAAACUCAACGAAUGAACCAAGAGCUGACGCAACAGCUGGACGAGGUGCGGAGGCUGAACUCGGACGUUUACCAGAGGGCCACAGCGAAGCGAUCGGCGCCCUCCGCCGCCGCGCCCCGCCCCGCCGCGCCCUCCCCCCGCUCCCCCCCAUCCAGCACCGGCAACAUGGUGUACACGUGCCCGAAGUGCAUACGGUUCUCCUGCGACCAGUACAAAGUCAUGGAGGACCAUUUCGAUUUUUGCCUCGACGACUUUUAAAACGUUAGUACGUACGUUUUAUGUUAACGUUAAAUACUGUGCGAGAUAAAUGUUGCCGGAAUCGAAGACCGUAUCUUUAUAGAAAGGGAAUAUAGAACCGAUCGAUUCUAAUAUUGAAGAGAAAUACGUCACGUUGUUUUGAUUGAAGACUUGAAGAUUGAAGACAUUUUACUGGUGGUAGGACCUCGUGUGAGUCCGCGCGGGUGGGUACCACC